AUGGUGCAAACCGACGAGCCAGAGGCUCGUACACCCCUACAGUUUGGCGAAAAUUUGAGAAUCACCGCCGCGGCGAAUCAGGGCGGCCGUCGUUACAUGGAAGAUCGAUGUGUGAUUCAUACAGAACGAGACGAUAAGGGAAUCCUCCUAUGGACAUUUGUGGGCGUCUACGAUGGUCAUGGUGGAGAACACGCUUCGGAAUACGUUAGGAAGCAUCUUCUCAUGAAUAUCACUAAAAAUCAAAAAUUCGCGUCGGACAACGAUGAGGACAUUCUGGAGGCUAUCCGACAGGGAUUCCUCUUCACUCAUGAGCAAAUGAGAGAUGUUCAUCUCCAUUGGCCAUACACGGCAUCAGGCUUCCCAUCUACCGCCGGAACUACUGUAAGCUGUGUGUUCAUUAGGAACGGAAAGCUCUACACGGGACAUGUUGGAGACUCGGCAAUCUAUCUGGGAACUGUGGAAAAUGGCGACGUCCGUUCCUGUCCCCUCACAAUCGACCAUAAGCCAGAAUCGGCUCACGAACAGAUGCGUAUCGCAAAAGCAGGCGGAGAGACGGCGGUGAAAAGCGGUGUGACUCGUGUUGUAUGGAAACGGCCCGCCCGUGUGAACAUGUUCACACCAAAGGACCUGACUCGACCGAUCAUCAUGGAUAAGAUACCAUUCCUGUCGGUUGCCAGAAGUUUGGGCGAUUUAUGGUCGUAUAAUAAGGAGACGAACAUGUUUGUGGUGUCACCGGAACCGGAUUUGGGUGUCCACCGCCUCACUGGCAACGACUUCUGCCUUGUCCUCGCCUCCGACGGCAUGACAAACGUGCUCACCGGAGAACAAGCAGUGGAAAUAGUGUUCAAAGAGGAGGAACUAGUCGAAAUCCACGAUGAAAUCAAUCGAAAUCACUCGAGAUGUGUUCUCCGUACAGCUCUUCACAAAUGGAGAUCGCUUCGUGCGGACAACGUUACCGUAGCCACCGUAAUCUUCGACAUCGACCCACUACAGUACUCCAAGGAGGAAGUGGUCAUGAAAGUUGGCAGAUACGUGAAUGCGUCUCAAGUGCUCACAGAUCGUCCCGAUGCUCUUCUGAAGAUCUCUAAGACUGACAGUGUAUUGCUCACGACUACACGCACCCCGAUUAUCUACAACGGGACCAAAGACGCGAAUUUCUGUAAGGUCAACUAUCGAGGACCCGGAUUCAGAAGUCACGAUGAGGAGGUUCAGGAGGAGAGGACGUUCUUGAUCAACAAAUUUAACACUAAAGGAGCCAAAAUUGGGAUUUCUAAUGGAUCGGCGGACUCAAAGAGGGGACCAUCGAUGGCUGGAAGUUCGGCUGACUUGGAUUAUGAUGAUGAGGAGGAUGAUGAGGAGGGUGACGAGGAGGAGGAUGAGCCAUUCGAUCCAUCUGAAACGAUUAGUAUUGAAUUGACGUCUUCGGAGGAGAAAACCAUCACUGUGGUCCCAUCGGCCCAACGCCCACCACGUCCACAUGCUCCACUUCCAGUCUUCAUAGACGACUCCAUCAUAGAACCGGAAAACUCGGAAAAUGGUGUUCAAUCGACGUCAUCCGGCGUGAAACGAGUCAAAGCAGAAGCUGUCCGACGUCUCCGUACUCCAAGAAUCGAGGAUUCUGAAGACGUGCUAACAGAGAAACGAGUGACCAGAUCGGCGUCGCGUUCUGGAGCCGCCCCUGAAGUCGUCCAGAAGACACCAUCACCAAUCAAAUCAGUGAUUGGGAUCAAUAUGAAUCCAUCGCCAGACGCACGUCUUCCAACCACACCACGACGAUCGUCACGUCUUCUGAAUGCGUGUGGAGGUAUCAUUACGCCAGGAUCUCCGGGAGCCACGAAGCUGACGAUGAGCAGGAAGAGAGCACGAACCGCAGAGAUGCCAAUGAUGAUGAUGUCGACUGGGGUGACGCCAGUGGUGUCUGGAUUGUCCUUGCAGGAAUCCCCCUACUCUCUGAUCCCAUCAAUGGUCCAACCGAAUCUCGCCGAACGUCUCCGUCAGAUGCCCCUGACGUUCCCAGUGUUCCCACCGAACUCCCGUUCCGAACCAUCCACUCCCAAGAAGCCAUCAGUUAAACCAUCGAAAUGGUCACUAUCCCAAUUGGAUGACAAGAAGAAAAAGAAUGAUGGCAUCGUCAGGGUUUCAGAAGUCGCUGACGAUGAUGAUGAGUUGGAUGGAGACGUCAUGAGAGAGCCGCCGUCGAAAAUGCGACGAUUCGUUGGCUAUAUGAAGAAGAUGUUCUGGGGGAAAUAA